UCGGCCGAGGAGAAACUUCCGUGGGGCGGCGGAGCGGAGCAGGCGGAGGAAGAAGGUGGAGGGGACUCGGAGCGGAGGUGGGGGAGAGUGAGCGGAGGAGUGCGAAGUGAUGAGUCCGCUCCCCUCACAACUUGCUCACAGCGAGUAGUUCUCCGCGGACAGGAGCUCACUCAGUGCCCCGGCUUCGCAGGACUUCGCCCCGCAAAGGAAGAACCCGGGAAGGGGGGGAGGGUUGACAAAACUUCUCGGGUGGGACUGACACGGGGCGGACGGACGGACGGACGGACAUGGAAGUGCAGAGCCUGCAGGAGGCCAUCCAAGUGGGGAUCCAGUGUCACCAGCUGGCGGUCCGGAGCUGUCCUGUGGGGAGUGCCAAACCGAUCCCGCUCAUCAAAGCACCAAGCAGUCAGAGCAUUGCCAUCUCUGUGAUCCCGGCCAAAGCCCCCGUCACUAUGGUGACUGCACACUUAAAUGGACAGAAGACGGCAACGGCUUCGGCAGCCUCGGCAAACAGCGCAGAACCCCCACAGACCGCCCCUAUUAACUUACAGACAACCAGCAAACUGGUGGGAGGAACCUUAAACAUGGCAGCGAGAAGAGUGUCAGAAAUGCCCCACGCUCAGACGUUGGGCACCAUUACUGCAGUGCCAAUUAAAGUCCCUCAGGUCAGCUCCUUGCAUAGAUUGGCAGGACACGGACCAGCAGUGCUACCUCAGGUUAGGCCAAAGACCCUGAUUCCAGACAGUCUCCCCAUCUCCCUGUGCAGAGACCAGCCUUUAAAGCAGCCCACCUCAUUUCAAAAGGCCACAGUGGUCAGCAUCAAAAACCCCAGCCCAGCCCUUCCAACUGCCAACAAUACCGUCAGCCACCUCCUGGCUUCCAAUGGACAGUCGCAAAGCUCCAGAGAACCCACCAUCACCUCGCCUUUGAGCAGCGGAGGAGUGGCCUACGCCAUUAUAUCUACAUCGCCCAGCAAUGCAAACCCAAUCAACACCAGCACCGUGUCUGUGGUCAAUGACGGUAUCAAAGUACAGCCACUCCUUAUCAGCGCUGACAGCAAGGUGAUCAUCAUACAACCUCAAGUUCAGAGCCAACCAGAGAGCAAGAAAGAAUUCAAGAAGCCUUGUGAAGAACCGCCUCAGGGACCCCCAGCUACCAAAAAGAAAAAGGAGGAAAAUCCUGAGAAAAUUGCCUUCAUGGUAGCACUUGGCCUAGUUACAACAGAACAUUUGGAAGAGAUCCAAAGCAAACGUCAUGAGAGGAAAAGAAGAAGCACAGCUAACCCGGCCUACAGCGGCCUUUUAGAACCAGAGCGGAAACGCCUUGCCUCAAACUAUUUGAGUAACCCGUUCUUAACAGGGAAAGCCAUUUCGGAUUCCUGUUGGAAGGAUCAGAUCAUUCACGAUGAACACUGCUCAGCAUGCAAACGUGGCAAUAAUUUGCAGCCCUGUGGAAACUGCCCAAGAGCUUACCAUGUAAACUGCUUGGACUCACCUGUGAAAAUAGCACCCAAGGGGGUGUGGAUGUGUCCUAAGUGCCAGCAAAAGGUAUUAAAGAAGGAGACAGUGCCAUGGAGUGGAGCUGUUGCUAUUGUUCAGUCCUAUGUAACACAUAAAUCAGUGAAAGAAGAAGAAAAGAGAAAGUUAUUGAAGAAAGGUAAUGAGUUAAAGAAUGAGCAGAGGCAGCUAGAAGAUCAGGAGAGACUUCUGAGAGAAGCUAUGAAGAAAUGCUUAGAGCUGAAGAAUAGCUUGCUGGCCCGGCAGAGAGGAACUCAGUCAUCACUGGAACGCCUCAAAAGUCUCAUUAGACUGAUACAAAACGAACAGAUGCUUCAGGUUACCAUGACAACCACGACCACCUCCUCCUCCUCAUCCUUGCUAACUGUUCCCUGGAUCAAACCCUCCGCCUCCACCCCUGCUUUACACAAAGGCCUGCAGCAGCCUCAGACCAACAACUGACACAGCCAGAUGGAACAAUAACUUUAAGCAAAUUUUGCCAAGAAGGAAUACACGAGAAUGAAACAAAAAAAAAUGAAAGAACUGCCUGUCAUUUGUACUCGACAAGUACACGUUCAUCAACAGAACUCGCAAACGCAUUAACGUGGGUUGCAAUAGCGGAGAGACCAGGGCGUGCUACGCUACAUGCCAACACCUUCAGUGCUUAUGAGUUUCUUCAUUUUACUUUUUGGCCUUAAAUUACUUAUGGAUCGUUGAAAU